AUGAACUUCAGGAAAGGGCUCUGGGGUCCUGAUCCGAGGCAGUUCGACCCCUGUCGUUGGCUCCAAGGAACUGCGGAGAGCCUCAAUGGAAGAUGUGCUGGCUUUCCAAAGGAAAACGGAUGUGUCCAGGACAGAUGUUCUAGCUUGACGUACGCUGAGAUGACUAUCUUAAUGGCAUACCUGUUUAAAACUUUCAAGCUUCGUCUUCCUCUUGGCUUCACAUUCCCUGAAACCACAGAUUAG